AUGUCUAAACCAAGAGUGCUGUUUGUGGGUGACACCGACGAGGGACUGCCUGAGUUCGAGUCUUUCGCGACCAAGUUUGAAUGUGUCAAGUACACCUUGACCACGAAAGAACAGUUGAUUGCGGAUCUGGACUCGAAAUUUGGUGAUAUUGUUGGGGUAUACGGUGGUUGGCUGGGUUUUGGACCAAUAAGGGGUCUUUGGAAAGAUGUCAUUCCCCAUUUUCCUGCGUCUCUCAAAAUCAUCACCUUGUGUUCUGCAGGUCAUGAUGGGUACGAUAUGGAGGCUCUCAGAGAAAAGGGCAUCACCCUCUGCAAUUCUCCAACUUUUGGUGCUGAGCAAGUUGCUGAUACCGCUCUUUUUCUGACUCUGCAUUCUUUUAGACUCUACAAUUUUUAUGAAACCGCAUUGAAAGGUCAUGGUCAUACCUUCGAGAGCAGGAAAGGCAUAGAAGAGUCGCUGCUGAAUCCGGUCACCGGAAGGCUGGAACCAAAUCCUGAAGCCAAGGCCAAGUCAGAGCAUAAAAUUAUGCCCAACUAUGCAUUUGGCCAGCUGCUGGGUAGUCAUCUUUCGAUUUUGACUCCGCAAGGCAGAAACGCCGUGAUUGUUGGUCUAGGGAGUAUUGGAAGCCGAAUUGCUAAGAGACUUAACGUGAUUGGAAUGAACAUCCACUAUGUCAAGCGUACACCUUUGACAAAAGACCAGCAAGCUGCUCUUGGAUUUGAGGCUACUUUCCAUCAAUCUCUUGAAGAAGCAGCCCCACUGGCUGACGUUGUCAUUUUUGCCAUUCCCGGUACUCCAGAAACCGCGAAAAUGUUCUGCAAGAAAGUGAUUGACUUAAUGCCCUCAAAAUCAAGAGUUAUCAAUGUUGGAAGGGGAUCCAUUGUGGAUGACGGAGAUCUGUUGGAGGGAAUGAGGUCCGGAAAGAUCAUCUUUGCUGGUUUAGACGUCUUCUACAAUGAACCUUUGACCAACCCAGAGAUCGCUGCCAGGGACGAUGUAGUAUUAAUCCCCCAUAUAGCAUCAUCAACAGUGGAGGUCUACGAUGCGACAGCCAGGUUUUGUUUGAAAAACUUAGAGAACGUCUUGGCCCAUGGCGAGAAGCCACAGAAUGCAGUUAACUAG